AUGCUGAGCUCCCGGGCCCAGGCGGCGAUGACCGCGGCCGACAGGGCCAUCCAGCGCUUCCUGCGGACCGGGGCGGCCGUCAGAUAUAAAGUCAUGAAGAACUGGGGUGUUAUAGGGGGACUUGCUGCUGCCCUUGCCGCAGGGAUCUAUGUGAUUUGGGGUCCCAUUACAGAAAGAAAGAAGCGUAGAAAAGGGCUGGUGCCCGGGCUGGUCAACUUAGGGAACACCUGCUUCAUGAACUCCCUGCUGCAAGGCUUGUCUGCCUGCCCCGCUUUCAUCAAGUGGCUGGAAGAGUUUACCACCCAGUACACCAGGGAUCAGAAGGAGCCCCCCCCACACCAGUAUUUAUCCUUAACCUUGUUGCACCUCCUCAAAGCUUUGUCCUGCCAAGAAGUUACUGACGAUGAGGUCUUAGAUGCGAGCUGCUUGUUGGAUGUCUUAAGAAUGUACAGAUGGCAGAUCUCUUCAUUUGAAGAACAGGAUGCCCACGAGUUAUUCCACGUCAUUACCUCGUCCUUGGAAGAUGAGCGGGACCGGCAGCCCCGGGUCACACAUUUGUUUGAUGUGCACUCCCUGGAGCAGCAGCCAGAGAUAACUCCUAAACAAAUAACCUGCCGUACGAGAGGGUCACCUCACCCCACGUCCAAUCACUGGAAAUCCCAGCAUCCCUUCCAUGGAAGACUUACGAGCAACAUGGUCUGCAAACACUGUGAGCACCAGAGUCCCGUUCGAUUCGAUACCUUCGAUAGCCUUUCACUGAGUAUUCCAGCUGCCACAUGGGGGCAUCCACUGACCCUGGACCACUGCCUUCACCACUUUAUCUCAUCAGAAUCAGUGCGGGACGUCGUAUGUGACAACUGUACGCAGAUUGAAGCCAAAGGGACGUUGGAUGGGGAGAAGGUGGAACACCAGAGGACCACCUUUGUCAAGCAGCUGAAACUAGGGAAGCUCCCUCAGUGUCUGUGCAUCCACCUGCAGCGGCUGAGCUGGUCCAGCCACGGCACGCCCCUGAAGCGCCAUGAGCACGUGCAGUUCAACGAGUUCCUGAUGAUGGACAUCUACAAGUACCACCUCCUGGGGCACAGACCCGGGCAGCACAGCCCUAAACCCGGCGAGAGCGCGGGGCCCUCGCUCGACCUGCAGGACGGGCCGGCCGCCCCCAGAUCAGUUUUGAAUCAGCCAGGGGGUCCGAAAACACAAAUUUUUAUGAAUGGCGCCUGCUCCCCAUCUUUAUUGCCUACCCUGCCAGCCCCAAUGCCCUUCCCCCUCCCAGUUGUUCCUGACUACAGUUCCUCCACGUACCUCUUCCGGCUGAUGGCGGUUGUCGUCCACCAUGGAGACAUGCACUCAGGACACUUCGUGACUUACCGACGGUCCCCUCCUUCGGCCAAGAACCCUCUCUCCACCAGCAACCAGUGGCUGUGGAUCUCCGAUGACACCGUCCGCAAGGCGAGCCUGCAGGAGGUGCUGUCCUCCAGCGCUUACCUGCUGUUUUACGAGCGCGUCCUUUCCAAGAUGCAGCACCAGGGCCGGGAGUACAGGUCGGAGGAAUGA